AUGCAACUACCAACGCCCGCAAAGAUGACGGAGCAAGAGUUGCACGACAAAUACCGCAAGCUAAAACGCCGAUUCUUUGAGCUUGAGGAGAGACACCGAGAAACUAGCACAGAGCUUCAACGGUCAGGGGAGCGCAAUAGUCAAAUGGAAGAAGAGCGCAACCAACUUCUGGAGCGCAUCACUGAACUGGAAAGCCAGCCUGGGUUCACUCCUCCCGCGAAUGGUCGUUCCUCGCCAUCUCCCCAAUUAAAUGACCACGAGGAGCCGAUUCUUCCAGCACCAGCUCCUCACACGCGUAAUCGCAAAGGCAAAGGUGUGGUACUGGACCAAACCUCAGAGACGCAGAUUUUAGGACGGCUGGAAGACGUGUCAUCGCAAGACUUGGACUGGGUCGCUCAGGAUGAUGAAUUGGACACCAUUGACGAUGCAGACACCUCAGGUGAUUAUAUUUUAAGCCCGAACAGCUCCAAGCGGCCUCGCAAUCCUAUAGACCAAGACUUAGACGCCCCGACUGCCAAAAUUCAGCGACGCUCAUCCGACCACAAGACGGUGACAUCUGCUUCAUCGCCCCCUGCCCCUCAGUCUGUUUCGGUGCCCAUUAGCAGUCACGAAGCGAAGUCAGAAUCCUCAGUACCACGUCCAUAUAAUCCCUACACGUUUCUUACGCCGACUGGCGGUGGGAUUCCGCCCUAUUCUUACUUGACACCCUAUCCCUACUGGUCCAUGCCUGGAAUGCCUUAUAUGCCACCACCUCAGAUGAUGCCUCCACAACCGCCUCAAUCUCUAUCAAGUCAACACCUUCCAAUCGAUGGCUCCCGUCCAACAAAACCCAAGCGCUUAAAAGCACAUACGGUUACCAGCAAGAGCUACAACAUACCCAUGGUACCUCGUGAUAAACAGGGCAAACCCAUGCUACCUUUGAACGUUGGAAUCAUGACUGUUAUCAGCUUGGGCGAUGUUUGCAUGCGGGAGCACUUCCACACGGAACGCUACAUCUUUCCCGUGGGAUAUGAAGUUACUCGGCGUUAUCUUUCAACUAUUGAUCGAAAUGCGGAGGUUGUCUACCACUGCACAAUUCUCGAUGGCGGAGACGGCCCAAAAUUCCAAAUCAUCCCAUCCGACGCUCCAGACAGACCAAUAAUUGCGGGAACCGCAACCGGCGCGUGGUCAAACAUUGUUAAACAAGCCAAUGCACUCCGUCAACGUCAGCACUCUAAUUCUGUGUCGGGCCCGGAUUUUUUUGGAUUCGGGCAAAACACCAUCAAGCAUUUGAUACAAGAGCUCCCCAACGCGGACCGCUUACGGGACUACGUUUGGCAGCAUUUCGUGGAGGGCGGACCCCUUGGUGGCAGACAUGCGGCAGUCAUUCCUGCAUUACCAGAAGAAUACAAGUCCACCACUCCGCUUGGCUCAUAUUACCCUGCCCACAUCACCCCCAACGAAAACAGCCAACCCCCCAAGUCAUUAUCCGCCUCAUUUACAACCGUCGCAAAAUCCGCCAUCAGCGCCUCCACCCCAGUCAAAUUAUUACCUGGCGCAUUCGGAGAGGCCAGGAAGAUCGACAGACGCUACUCCAGCUGGGUAGAAUCAGUCUAUCAUCUGAAUUCAAUGUAUUUUUACCGGCCCGGCUGUUCACAAACCUUUGUUUCGAUAGUGUUGUUCUUACAAGCCCCAACUGCGUCCAGUCACAGACAUCCUCCACCUGUGAUUUGGGUUUUCAUGUUGCAACGAGGCCAGUGGGAGGAACUACAUGCCUUAUACUGCGGUGACCUUGCGUGGAUAUGCCUUUUGGCGAGGCUGGUGCUAGUCGGCAUACUUUGUGAGGCGAACAGACUCCCGACCUUUCACGUCUUCAACAAAUUCCCGCUCGACAUCGGACUAGCAAUUCUGGCGCAAUGUAGCCCAUACGAUCUUCUUCAACUAUCCAAGACCUCGCAUAGCUUCCGCAACCUCAUUUUCGACCACGCUGCCACCCUCUGGACUGCUGCUCGUCAAAAUCUCGUCCGGGGCGACUGCAAGUUGAUGCCGCCGUGCCCUCAAGUGGAAGCAACAGGCAACUAUUCUCAAAGUGCUUAUUUCACAUGGAUAUUCGAAGAGGGUCCUUGCACGCACUGCUCACGCCCGACCGACUCCAUGCCUUUUCUAUUUGCAUUACGUCAUCGUGCUUGCUCGUCUAUGUGCAAAGGAGAAUUAACCUCCCCGGCACGGUUUUUCCGCAGCACGGACCCAGAUAUAGACGUGGUGAUGCGCGAAUACGGCUUUUGGCUACCUCGCUGUGCCGUUGGCAAGACAUCUCAAGAUCAAGACAUCUAUGCUUUCGAACGGUCUUCUCUUCGUGCAGCGCUGCAGGAAUCCAAUAUCACGAGAAGAUCACGCCCUGGUAUUCUCGCUGACACUCGUCGUCGAAAUACCAUGGAGUUGGGGCAGGAAUAUCAGAAGCGUGCUCGAUCGCGCCCUGCGUUGGAACAGAACGCUCAGCAACUUCAAGACUGGCUCAAACCAUACGAAAACGAAAUGAAGAAGACCAAUGCUCUCAAUUCAACUUUUCUAAAAUACCAAGCACAAGCCGAAAAGAAAGCGAUUCGUCAAUUGCUUAAGUGUCCAAGUGUAGUCAAGAUCAUGAAGGCGUUCACUCGUGACCUUACUCUCUUGACGGCAAAUGUAUGGCUCGAGUAUCGUGACUUGAUACUCGACGAGCUGAAAGUGAUCCAACUUGGUCGAGCUCCACCAAGUACACCGACAUUGUUUCCCCAAGAUAAAGUCGCAUGUCCAUUCUGCUCUCAUUCUGUCAAGGCGAAGGGUCUCGUCUCCCAUGUGUGCCGCAAACAUCCUACCCAAAACCCUGAUCAUCUUUACUUCGGUUCUAUUCAAGACAGUGGCAAAAGACAUUGCGGAUUUUGUCCAGGAUCUCAACGAGUUUUCACCGAGGCUGGAUUAGAGCGUCAUACACUUGCUAUGCAUCCAGAUCUUCUGCCGCUCGUUGCUUCUCCAGGCAAGAUAUACUGUUCCGACUGCAAAGGUUCUAGUCGAACGUUCACUGAGGAAGGAUUGCGGCAUCAUUACAAAGCUAUACAUGCAGAAGACUGA